GUUGAUGUUCUUAGUAUAAUACUCACUCCACUAAGUCAGUAGAAAAGUGCUGUAUCUGUGUGGGAGAGGAAUUGAGGAACAAGACUCCCUACAAUUCACCCACAGUUCAGGACACAACACAUCAUCUUCCCUGCUAAACAUUUAGAAACAAAAAGCACAUAUUUAUUUUUCAAGAAAUUCCAAUCCCUGAAGGAAGCAGCUAGAAGCCUCUGUGUUGCUGAAUCUGUGGAAUGAAUUAACAAAGGUGGAACACUGACAUUCCCAGUAUAUUUACAACGCAGUUUGUCAGUGAUUUUAGGGACGCAGUUAAAUAUCUGAAAAGUUAAUUUAUACGUUAAGCUCACAACCUUUGCUCUGCACAGUUAAUCUUAUACCAAUCUACUCAGAACAAGCACGACCCUCUGACGUGUGAAGAUAUAAGGACCAGCUCCUUCAUCCACUCUUCCUGAAACUCCAGCUCCCAACACGAUGGCAAAGGGGUUUUAUGUCAGCAAACUGAUUGCUGUUGUUGCCAUUGUCCUUUCUGUAGCUGCUAUAGCUACUAUCAUAGCUCUGGCAGUUGUUUAUGCUCAAGAAAAGGAAAAAAACAAUGAACUGACCAAUAAUCCUCCUGCAGCAACGAGUGUCCCAACUACAUUUGCCACCACUACCAGUGCCACCGGUACCACUACCAUCACUGCUCCAUCUGACGGACCAUGGCUCAAAUAUCGACUACCAAAAACCCUUAAACCAUAUCAUUAUGAUAUUCGACUUCAUCCAAUUCUAGAGAAGAAUGCUCAAGGACUUUAUAUUUUCUUUGGACAAAGUGAAGUUUUCUUUACAUGCGUUGAGGCAACCAACCUUGUCAUUAUUCACAGCAACAAGCUCAAUUUCACCACGCCAACAAAAGCUGUUCUUAUAGACAGUGCUGGAAAUGAUCUGGCUGUGUCUAAGGUAGAAGAAGUGCCGUUAACACAGUAUCUGGUGCUACAUGCUGACAAACCCCUGGAAGUUGGUAAAAAUUACUCUGUGUUUUCUCGGUAUGUUGGAGAACUGGCAAAUGACCUGGCUGGAUUUUACCGGAGUGAAUACAUAGAGGAUGGAGAAACCAAGAUCAUCGCUACCACACAGAUGCAGGCUCCGGAUGCCAGGAAGGCAUUUCCCUGCUUUGAUGAGCCGGCGAUGAAAGCCACUUUUAACAUCACUAUAGUACAUAAACCAGACUAUGUGGCUCUAUCGAACAUGAAUGCUAUCAGUCACAACAAUAUUAUUCUAGAGGGAGUAAACUGGACUGAAACUGUUUUUCAAAAAACAGUGAAGAUGUCCACAUAUCUUGUGGCAUUUAUAGUCUCUCAAUUUAGUCCUACUGGUGAUCCAGGGAGUAGUACAACGACUGGGGUUCAGAUCUGGGGCCGUAAAAAAGCUAUUGAGGAAGAGAAACAAGGAGAUUAUGCUUUGAGUAUAACAAAGCCCAUCCUGGAUUUUUUUGCACGCUAUUAUCAAACUCCAUACCCUCUGCCAAAGUCAGACCAGGUGGCCAUCCCUGAUUUUAGUUCUGGAGCCAUGGAGAAUUGGGGCCUGGUGACAUACAGAGAGACAGCUCUUUUGUAUGACCCUAAAGUAUCGUCUAUUGGCAACAAGGAGAGAGUGGCCACAGUGGUAGCCCAUGAGCUGGCUCAUCAGUGGUUUGGAAACCUUGUGACCAUACAAUGGUGGAAUGAUCUUUGGCUGAAUGAAGGAUUUGCCUCCUACGUGGAAUAUUUGGGAGCAGACUAUGCAGAGCCCACCUGGAACAUAAAAGACUUGAUAGUGCUGUAUGAUGUGCACAGAGUAAUGGCAGUCGAUGCAUUGGCUUCUUCUCACCCACUGACAUCGAAGGAGGAAGAAGUUAACACUCCAGCUCAAAUAAGUGAACUCUUUGAUUCAAUUGCUUAUAGCAAGGGAGCUUCAGUCAUUCGAAUGUUGUCCGAGUUUGUGUCUGAGGAUGUGUUUGUUAAAGGACUAGCUACCUAUCUGAAACAUUUUGAAUAUGAUAACACUGUGUAUAGCGACUUGUGGACUCAUUUACAACAAGCUGUGGAUACUACAGUGCCAUCUUUAAAUUUACCUAAAACAGUUGCUCAAAUUAUGGACACAUGGGUUCUACAAAUGGGAUUCCCAGUGGUGAAAAUUGACACAACAACUGGAGUCGUAACUCAGAAACACUUCCUCUUGAAUUCAGAUUCUGUGGUGACGCGCCCAUCAGAAUUUAAUUACACAUGGAUUGUUCCAAUUACCUAUACCAAAAAUGACUCUCCUGGAAAAUACUGGCUUCUGCAGUCUUUAGAGACAAACAAUGACUUUAAGACGAGUGGAAAUGAAUGGCUUCUUGCAAACAUCAAUGUAACCGGGUACUACAGGGUUAAUUAUGAUGAUGGAAACUGGAACAAGCUCAUUGCACAACUGGGAACCAACCAUUUGAGUAUUCCUGUUAUCAAUCGUGCCCAGAUAAUUGACGAUGCCUUUAAUUUAGCAAGAGCAAAAUAUGUACCUAUAACAACAGCACUAGACACCACUAAAUUCCUCUCCAAUGAUGUUGAAUAUAUGCCUUGGCAGGCAGCGCUGAGCAGUCUCAGUUACUUUGUGCAGAUGUUCGACCGUACAGAAGUUUUUGGGCCAAUGAAGGAGUACAUGAAACGACAAGUCUCCCCAGUGUUUGAACACUUUAAAACUACAACUGGAAAUUUUACCAUUCGGCCGGCAUCAUUAACAGAUCAAUACAGUGAAAUAAAUGCUAUUAGCACUGCUUGUGGCUAUGGAAUUCCUGAGUGUCGUGAAUUAGCAUCUAAACUCUUCAAAGACUGGAUGACCUCGGGCAAUAAUGGUAUCCAUCCAAAUCUGAGAACAACAAUUUACUGCAAUGCAAUAGCUAAUGGAGGAGAAGCUGAGUGGAACUUUGCAUGGGCUCAAUUUAAUGCGUCAGACAAUGCACAAGAAUCAGACAAACUGAGGUCCGCGUUGGCCUGCAGCAGGGAGCCCUGGAUACUCAACCGACUCCUGCGAUACUCAUUGGACACCAGUAAGAUUCGCAGGCAAGAUGCCAUCGGUACCAUUAACAGUGUUUGCAGUAACGUGGUAGGACAAAGUCUAGCUUGGGACUUCAUGAGAGCCAAUUGGAAGACCCUCUUUAACAUGUUUGGGGCGUCCUCUUUUUCUUUCAAUAACUUAAUUGAACGGUUGACUAGACGGUUCUCCACUGAAUUCGAAAAACGUCAGUUGGAGCAGUUCAAACUUGACAACCAGGAAGUUGGUUUUGGGACAGCCACUCGAGCACUGGAACAAGCCAUGGAAAAGACAGAAGCUAACAUCAUAUGGGUGAAUGAAAACAAAGUACAUGUUCUGGAAUGGUUCAAAAAUGCAAUAAAAUAAAAAUAGUAAAAAAAAAAAAAAAAAAACUUUUGAAACUCACCAUCUUGCACAUGAUAAGAGCAAGUUUACAAACCUUUUGUGCCUCCUAAUCAAACUGUUAACAUUCCUUCUUUAUGUGUGAAAUGGAGCAUUGAAUUGUGGGACACAAUUUGCCUCUCACAAAUGAAUAUGAACCAGCAAUCUUCAGUGAACAUGUGUCAUGGGUUUCUAUGAAUUAACUUUAAAAGUGAUGGAGAAAUCCCUUUUUUGCCAAAAGAAAAAUCAAUCUUUAUAUCACUCAGGGUUUUAAAUCUGCAAUUACCUUUAACCCCUUAAGGACACAUGCCAUGUGUGACAUGUCAUGAUUCCCUUUUAUUCCAGAAGUUUGGUCCUUAAGGGGUUUAAGACACAAACAUCUUGAUACUUUAUUUAUACUUUUACAAUCUAUAUGUAAAUAAUUAGGUAUAUAAUUUCCAUAAAAUGCAAAAUUAAGACCAAAUGCAAUCAAAAAUGUGAAUGUUUAUUUCUUCUGUUUUGCUUUAUAGAAUGUAAAUUAAAAAUGAACCAAGUCAAAA